CGGGAGCCUGCUUGCGUGCGCUCCUCUCCUCUGCUCUCGUGCGUUCUGGAAGCAGGGGCCGCGGCGGCUCCCUUCGGCCGUGCAAACCCAGCCGCCGCCAGCGGAACGGCCGACGCUGCGGAGGGGAGAAGCACCUCUCGGCUGCCACCCCCUCCCUCCCCCGGCCCUCCGGGGAAGCAGCGACUUCAGCAAGAUUGGACCCGGGCACCGGGUGGCACUGAACCCUCUAGCCUUCGCCCCGGGGAGCCUGGCGGGGAGAGGACGCAGCUCGUAGCGGGGCCCCUAGGGGAGAGGAAGAGACAGCCCCUUUCGAGCUUCCAAGCACCAGCCACUCCGGGGAGGGGGCCAAGAGCCAACGGCGGCCAGCACUCGGCACCCUCGCCCCCUCCCCUCGGGCCCGACGCUUCCAGCCCGGGUGCGCGGCACCAGGAAGAAGGCGCCUGAGCUCCCCUCCCGACGAGACAGCCGCAGUAGGAGGUGGGGGCGAGGAGCGGGCUGAACUCGUCCGCCGCCCCGGCGGUGGAGCCCCCGCGGAGAGGCGCUGCGCCGGCGGUGGAGACUCGCGCUCCCUCCAACCCCUGGGGCAGAACUUUCUCGCCCCCCCUUCCUCCCCCGCAGCCGGACUCCCUCCCCAGCCGGCCAGUCCUCCCGGAGGAGAAGGCGCCGCGGAGACAGCCUGGGCGGGGGCCUACCUUCCCCAGGGCGGGCAUCAUGUCGGCGGCGCAGGUGUCCUCGUCCCGGAGACAAUCUUGCUACCUGUGCGACCUGCCCCGCAUGCCCUGGGCCAUGAUCUGGGACUUCUCGGAACCCGUAUGCCGCGGUUGCGUCAACUACGAGGGCGCCGAUCGCAUCGAGUUCGUGAUCGAGACCGCGCGCCAGCUGAAGCGGGCGCACGGCUGCUUUCAGGACGGCCGCUCCCCCGGGCCGCCGCCGCCCGUCGGGGUCAAGACGGUGGCCCUGUCGGCUAAAGAGGCGGCGGCUGCGGCAGCGGCGGCAGCUGCCGCUGCACAGCAACAGCAGCAGCAGCAACAGCAGCAGCAACAACAGCAGCAGCAGCAACAGCAACAACAGCUCAACCACGUCGAUGGUUCCAGCAAGCCUGCGGUGCUGGCGGCCCCGUCCGGCCUGGAGCGCUAUGGCCUGAGCGCUGCCGCCGCCGCUGCCGCCGCCGCCGCCGCCGCGGUGGAGCAGCGCAGCCGCUUCGAGUAUCCUCCACCGCCGGUGAGCCUGGGAAGCAGCAGCCACGCCGCGCGGCUGCCCAACGGCCUGGGGGGCCCAAAUGGUUUCCCCAAGCCAACACCGGAGGAGGGACCCCCAGAGCUGAACCGCCAGAGCCCCAACUCCUCUUCAGCUGCGGCGUCGGUGGCGUCUCGGCGCGGGACGCACGGUGGGCUAGUGACGGGGCUGCCCAACCCGGGGGGCGGUGGAGGCCCCCAGCUCACGGUGCCCCCCAACCUGCUGCCGCAGACGCUGCUUAACGGCCCGGCCAGUGCCGCCGUGCUGCCCCCACCGCCGCCGCACGGCCUGGGCAGCCGUGGGCCCCCGACGCCCGCGCCCCCAGGGGCGCCCGGGGGCCCCGCUUGUCUGGGGGGCGCCCCAGGCGUAUCAGCCGCGUCGUCCUCAGCGUCGUCUUCCACCUCGUCGUCAGUGGCCGAGGUGGGUGUAGGUGCUGGCGGCAAAAGGCCCGGCUCGGUAUCGAGUACAGACCAGGAGCGCGAGCUGAAGGAGAAGCAGCGGAACGCCGAGGCCCUGGCUGAGCUGAGCGAGAGCCUGCGCAACCGCGCGGAGGAGUGGGCCAACAAGCCUAAGAUGGUCCGCGACACGCUGCUCACGCUGGCUGGCUGUACGCCCUACGAGGUGCGUUUCAAGAAGGACCACUCUCUGCUGGGCCGCGUCUUUGCCUUCGAUGCUGUCUCCAAGCCGGGCAUGGACUACGAGUUGAAGCUGUUCAUCGAGUACCCCACGGGCUCAGGCAACGUGUACUCCAGCGCAUCUGGUGUGGCCAAGCAGAUGUACCAGGACUGUAUGAAGGACUUCGGCCGGGGUCUCUCCUCCGGCUUCAAGUAUCUGGAGUACGAAAAGAAGCACGGCUCCGGGGACUGGCGCCUACUUGGAGACCUGCUGCCUGAGGCCGUGCGCUUCUUCAAGGAGGGCGUGCCCGGCGCCGACAUGCUGCCCCAGCCCUACCUGGACGCCAGCUGCCCCAUGCUGCCCACGGCGCUGGUGAGUCUAAGCCGCGCCCCCAGCGCGCCCCCGGGCACCGGGGCCCUGCCGCCUGCCGCCCCUUCGGGUCGGGGCACAGCUGCCAGUCUUCGCAAGAGGAAGGCGUCCCCUGAGCCCCCGGAUUCCGCCGAGGGCGCCCUGAAGCUGGGCGAGGAGCAGCAGAGGCAGCAGUGGAUGGCGAACCAGAGCGAGGCACUAAAGCUCACCAUGACGGCCGGGGGCUUUGCGGCGCCCGGGCAUGCCGCCGGAGGUCCGCCCCCACCGCCUCCGCCCCUGGGACCCCAUUCCAACCGGACCACCCCGCCCGAGUCAGCCCCCCAGAACGGCCCUUCCCCCAUGGCCGCCCUCAUGUCGGUGGCAGACACUCUGGGCACGGCGCACUCGCCCAAGGACGGCAGCUCCGUGCACUCCACCACUGCGUCCGCGCGGCGCAACAGCAGCAGCCCGGUGUCACCGGCCUCGGUGCCCGGGCAGCGCCGCUUGGCAUCACGGAACGGGGACCUGAAUUUACAGGUGGCGCCCCCGCCUCCUAGCACCCACCCGGGCAUGGACCAAGUGCACCCCCAAAACAUUCCGGAUUCCCCUAUGGCCAACAGCGGGCCCCUCUGCUGUACCAUUUGCCACGAACGUUUGGAGGACACGCAUUUCGUUCAGUGCCCAUCCGUCCCCAGCCACAAAUUCUGUUUCCCUUGCUCUAGAGAGAGUAUCAAGGCCCAGGGGGCCACCGGCGAGGUGUACUGCCCCAGCGGAGAGAAAUGCCCCCUGGUUGGGUCGAAUGUACCUUGGGCCUUCAUGCAGGGCGAAAUCGCGACGAUCUUAGCUGGAGAUGUUAAAGUGAAAAAGGAGAGAGACCCUUGAACCACAAGACAGCCACCUCCUUUGCCCCUGACCGGCUCCUCUCCGAUCCAGAGGGCCCCUCCCCCACCCCCCUCCCCCCUCCCUUCCCUCACCCCCAAGGUGUAGAAUUGUGAAUAUAACAAACUGCAAAAAGUUAGUCUUAUGUAUAGACAUUAUUUUCGUCGUAUGUUUCUAUAUUUUGAAACAAAAGGUAUGUAACUUCUUCAUUUGAAGGAUAAGCUGGUUUGUGUUAAGCAGUAUAAUAUUGGUUGGGUCAUUUGCAUCAUUUCGUUAGCAUUUAUUUGGUGGCAGAGUGUUUGCCUAGGUACCGAAUUAAUAGCCCUUAGCAACGACUGCUGCUGGUGUGUAUUUUUGUAAAUGUUAUGCACUCUCUGAAAGGAAAAAAAAAACACAAAAGAAAAUGACUUUUUGUUUUGUUUUGCCAAGGCCAGUGUUGCUGCCUAAAAAAAAAAAAAAAAAAAAAAAAAAAAAAAAAAAAAAAGCUAUAAAAUGGUGAAAGCUUCUUUCUAAACAGCCCCAAGUGUUGAAGUCUUCACUUUAUUUUGUUGGUUUUGUUCCGUUUUGUUUUGUUACUCUGUUUUGUUUGCAAAAUGGUAAGGGGGAGGUGUUGGGGGGGAUGGGGUGUUUUUUGUUGCAAGUUUGUGAGGGAAAAUGUUUUGGUUUGUUUCUACUGACCUGGAUGUGUUGGAUCUUCACGUGUUGUUUUGUUUUUGUUUUAUUGAUGCACGGAUGCUUUUGAACAGUAGAGCGAAAUGCUAGACAUGGGGAGUCUGCUCUGUUUGUCCUUUAUACAUUUCUGUAGUUAACAGAACACUGUAAUGUGCCUUGGAGCUUAGUAACUUGUAAUAAAUUCAAUUGAUAUUAA